GAUGGAUUAUUUAACAAGUUGUGAGUCCCAUCUUGCCACCUGCGGCAACUGUGGAUAUAGGAUCCAAGACAGACGCCGUAAACUUAUUUGUAGCUAAGUGAAUAGCCUGUAACUUUAAACGUUCUCAAAACAGUGUAAAGAAGAACGAAGGCAUUAUUAAAACCAACGAAUAUCAUAGGGUUUAAGCUAUGCGGUUUGAUGCAGAAGAAAAAGCUAACCAUCAGCGGACUCUCUAGAAGGGAUGAACGCAGAUCUUCAUGCAAUUUCGAUGGGAUAGGUUUCUAACGAGUGGGCAUCUAUUUGUUAUAUUACUGUGAUGACCACGGGACUGAAAUGAUAGUGUUAUCGGCUAAAAAAAUUGUUAUAGUUAAAAAUAGGUGAACCUCAUCUAGAUGGUGCGUUUAUAAAUACGGAUGAGUGGUCGAGCAGCAGUUAUGGUGGUGGAGAGGACACUGCUUGCCGCAAGGCAGGGGGAUGUACAAACUCUGAAAGUGCAAUUAGCGGAGAAAAUACUCAGCAGCGACGUAAAGGACCUUCUCGGAGCUUCACCCGUUCACCAUGCGGCUCGUGCUGGGAAACUGCCUUGCCUACGUUUUCUCGUGGAAGAAGCGGGCUUACCAGGCAACAGUUUGGCGAAUAAUGGCGCAACUCCCGCACACGACGCUGCUGCCACUGGUAACCUGGCCUGCCUACAGUGGCUUUUAACUCAAGGUGGAUGUCGCACCUCGGACCGGGACAGUUCUGGAGCGACUGUCCUCCACCUCGCCUCCCGGUUCAGCCAUCACGAGAUCACAGACUGGCUGCUAAAGAACGGGGAGGCAGACACUGGAGCAUCCACAGACACUGGAGCCCUGCCUGUCCACUACGCUGCUGCCAAGGGAGACCUGCCCUCCCUCCGACUCCUGUUGGGACACAGCCCAAUUGUUGUCAAUUCCCAAACAAAGAAUGGUGCCACACCCCUCUACUUGGCCUGCCAGGAAGGUCACCUGGAGGUUGUCAAAUAUCUGGUGAAGGACUGUGGGGCAGACCCGAGCAUCAGAGCCAAUGACGGGAUGACACCUUUACAUGCUGCCGCCCAAAUGGGCCACAACACUGUCAUUGUCUGGCUGGUGAGCUUCACAGAGAUCAGCCUGGCAGACAGAGAUGGGGACGGUGCCACGGCCAUGCACUUCGCCGCCAGCCGGGGCCAUGCCAAGGUGCUCAGCUGGCUGCUUUUGCAUGGCGGCGACAUCACCACAGACAGCUGGGGAGGAACACCGCUACACGACGCCGCAGAGAACGGGGAGCUGGAGUGCUGUCAGAUCCUGGUGGUGAAUGGGGUGGAUCUGGGCAUACGGGACCAGGAUGGCUUCUCGGCUGCUGACCUGGCCGAGUACAAUGGACACGCUCAGUGUGCAAAGUACCUGCGCACUGUGGAGAACAUGAGUGUUGAGCACCGUGUGCUUUCCAGGGACCCGUCUGCUGACAUGGAGUACAACAAGCAGCCUGACUCAGGUUUGUCUUCCCCCAACAACACCAUGCCUUCGCCUGGCCAGGAGCUGCCCCAGCAACCAGCCCACUGUGGUCUGGGCUCUCCCUCUAGCACCCUGUCUAACUACGACUCUGCCAACUCCAGCCAGUCCAGCACUGGAGAGAAGAGAAGCAGCUCGCCCCCCUCUUCGCGACCCCCCACCGGAGGAGGCCCAACCGAGUCGGCCAUCAGUGACAUGCAGACCUACAUGGACAUGCUCAACCCGGAUGUGGGGACCAGCGAUCCCAAGAGCAUCGAGCCCCCCAGAAAUAUCCCCCCUCCACCACCUCUCCCGCCUCCACCAGCCUUCCCUCCACCGCCACCCCCGGACUCGCCCUCCCAACUACCCCCGCCCCCUGGCUUCCCCCCACCCCAGCCUCCUGAGGACUCCAACGCCGAGAUCUACCUGAAGGUGAAGAGCAACCUGAGGCACGUGGAGAAGGAGCAACUGACUCCAGGAGAGAACCACGAUAAGCUGCGCCGGGUAGACUCCAACAGAAAGUCUAGAAACUUCAACAAGCAGCCCAGCACCGGGGACUACUACAAAGCCUUGGGUAGUGACGUGGUUGACCACCGUGGGAUCAGAACCAUGGCGCCUAAUGAGGAGGGUUCUGUGUUAUUGGAGGAGCCAGCCGACAGCCCCGCCCCUAGCCCAGAGAAUGGAACCACAGAGGAUUUGCCCCACCCUCCACCGCUUCCUCCUCCCCCGCCCCCCCCCCCCAUCAGCAACCCCAUCCCAGCUCCACCUCCUCCUCCUCCGCUUCCAUCAGAAAUGGCCACCUACCAGUACAGUCCCUCCUCAAGCACCAACCAGCGACGACCGUCCUCCUCUUCAGGAAGCGGGGCAUUUCUGUCCCCCUCUCCUCAGCCGGAAGGCAGGCCACUAAGGGUGAUGAAGAGCAACAAAUCCUUCAACAUGAUGUCCCCCACUGGAGACAAUUCAGAGCUACUGGCCGAAAUAAAAGCCGGGAAGAACCUGAAGCCCACACCACACAGUAAAGGCUACACCACCGUCUUCUCCAACAGCGGCCCAGCAGGCAACAGUGGAGAGAGCCCCACGUCUCCGCCUCAGACACGCACGGCUAGUCCGCCAUCAGCCAAGCCCAACGAAACCUCGCCCCUGGCCGCCAGAGCCACUACACCUCCCGCCACUCCCAGCCCAGCGGGCACUCCCCGGACACUCUCCACCUCCCACAGCAGCGAGCAGCUCCUCAACGGUAAUGGCAGCGGGGCAGCGUCGGCAUCAAGCAUGAUGGGCCAGACCCGGAAGGGUAGCCUAGCGGACGCCGAGGUUCUGGUGCCCACACACGAUGAGCAGGGUCGGGCCAUCCCGGAGUGGAAGAGGCAGGUGAUGGUGCGCAAGCUCCAGGUCAAGAUGCAGGAAGAGGAGGAACACAAGCGCAAGGUGGAAGAGGAGGCAGCACGCCUAGCAUCAAUGCCAGCAUGGCGGAGGGACAUCAUGAAGAAAAAGCUUGAUGAAGAGAAUUCUGUUGGAGAGCAAAAAAGAAAAGAGGAGGAGAGAGCAAAGAGGGAGAAGGAGAACGAGGAGAAGACUGAGCUGGAGCGACUACGAACCCUGGGUUACGACGAAAGCAAGCUGGCACCAUGGCAACGGCAGAUCAUCCUGAAGAAAGGGGACAUAGCAAAACAGUAGACAGUCCCUACUGCCAGGCACUCCCAGGACCCUGCCUCCAUCAGUCCCUCUGUCCAACCAUCUGCACCUUCAACCCACUUAUCACCAAAUCCCCAAGCCACCGCCCAAAAUGCUUUGCAAGUCAGCCAUCCUAAUUUGGACUGGCCACUGCGAAGUCCCAUGGACACAAAAUGCACGUACUGUAGUGCUCUGUUAGCAGUGUCUGAUUCAAGGACUAUAUGAACAUAUGUUGAAUAGAUGCUUCACCCUCUUUUUUUCUUGUCCAGACGUGGUUUAAAACUGUACAUCCAAACUGUAUGAAUACACAAUGGUUUUGAAACAUGCAUACUGACUACUACUUUACUUCAACUAUUUAACAUUAUUCUUUGUUGGAAAUUCCCAGAUAGUGACGUGUUAUUGCACAACUAUGCUCAGUGUUCGUCAGUUGUGUUGAGGACAUCGUUAGAAUGUUUUUUGAUUAAAACCAUCUUGAGCCCAACUGAACUGCCAGAGAUAUUAUUCAAACAGAUAGAAAAUGUAUUGGAGCUUCCCUCAUUUCCAUGUUAUUUGUUUACCGUGGGCAUCUUAAAUGAAUCGUGAAUAUAUUGAGCAGAUAACUCUUUCAUUAUUUUACAAUGAAUGUCCUUAAAUAUAAAAUUAUUGUGAUCAUGGUGCAUUAUUGCAUAUUAUCUUAUGGAUGUCAACAUUUACUGCACAUGUCUCUUGUUAUCCAAAGGAAUUUAACACUGAAGACCACAUUUCACAACCAUGCCUAGUAAUAAUCCCAUAAACAUUGAGUUCAACAAGAAAACAUUUUGUAGAGGAAUCUGGAAAAUAUUAGUUGCAGAACUGUAAAAAAAAAAAAGCAUGCUGAAUAUUGUAAAAGUCCUCAAAAUAUAUAAUUGAUUCCUGUCAUGUUACUUAUAUCUGGUUUGUCCCAGUAAACCGUGGAGGUAAAUCUUCGAUGAGGAGAUCCCUUGACUAGAGGAGAAUGCGUUCUCUCUUUCUCUCCCUUUCUCUGUUUGUUUCUGUCGGUGACAUUCAAGUCCUUAUUCUAUGUGUGUUCUCAGGCUUAAACAAAACUAUUUCAGUUAUGCUAUUCUGUGUAUAAUACUAUUAACUGGACCACAUAAAAUAUUGCCGUUCUAUUCUUGCUCAUGGUUUUCCUAUUACCGUAUAUUCAAUCCCCCUAUAGGUUUUUAUUUUGGCAAAUUAUGUCGUUUUUUUGCCAAGGGACCAAACUAUUGGUAACUUGGGCAUUCUUUUUCUCAAAGUACUGUAGACUCAUUGUAGGUUUUGUAGGAUAGCAGACAGCACUGUAAUGUUGUGGCUAGAAUCUUGGACCUCAGAAAUGUGCCGGAUGUGUCUUUCUGAAUGUGUAUAUAAAACAUAUAUGGACACCCCAAUGUCAAAAUAUGUGCUAUAGGUUUAUUUCAUAUAUUUUGGGUGUACAUUUUCCAUGUUACAUAUAUAAGUUAUGAAAUUAAUGGUCCUUGUUAAGAAAGCAUUUGGAAAUAUUGAAGUAAAUUCAUUGGAUGCCAUAUUGAUGUUGAAAUUUAAAACUGUAGACGUCAUUGCCAUUAGAUUUUCUAUACAUGAAUACUGUAUAUACUAACCCUCAAUACUGUGUUUAAUUGUUCCACUGUUAUGAUGUUACAGUCCUCAGCCUUGCUUACAUAGAUCGAUGGUUCAUUAAUGAAAAUCCUAUAUUUUCAAACUGUCAAAUGGAAUUAAAUAAAUCUUUACUCACAA